AUGGGCCUAUCAAAUAAAAAAGACGAAAUGAGAUGGACUUUGGAUAAUUUUGAUAUUGGAAAGGAAAUUGAAAAAGUAAAAUUCGGAAACGUAUAUCUCGCCACAGAAAAGAGCUCUGGUUUUACUGUUGCUUUGAAAGUUGUGUGUAAAACGAAAAUUUUGAAAGCAAACCUGCAACCUCAGCUUAAAAGAGAAAUUGAAAUCCAAUCUCAUUUGAGACACCCAAAUAUUGUCCGUUUGUUUGGAUACUUCCAUGAUGAUGCUAAAGUAUAUAUGAUCCAAGAAUAUGUAAUCAAAAAGCUAUACAAUGUAUUAAAAGCUCAAGAAAAUCAACGUUUUUCUGAAGACAGGGCAGCAUUUUAUAUCAAGCAGUUAAUGGAAGCACUGAUUUAUUGUCAUGAUAAAAAUGUUAUACAUCGUGAUUUAAAACCAGAGAAUCUUGUACUUACCGAAGGAGGUGACUUGAAAAUUAACGAUUUUGGGUGGUCCAUACAUACAAAAGAUUCCAAGCGUAGGACAGUGUGUGGAACCUUGGACUAUUUACCACCAGAAAUGAUGAGCGGAAACUCUCACGACAAAUCAGUAGAUAUGUGGAGCGUAGGUGUCUUAUUAUAUGAGAUUUUAGUAGGUAAACCACCUUUUGAAGCUCCAACAUACGGAAAGAUGUUUGAAAGAAUAAUCGAUGCUCAAUACAUUUUUCCGCAACAUGUAACUCCACUUGCUCGAAAUCUCAUAUCUGGGGUAAGUAUCCUUGCACAUAAUUUUUUAAUCCAAAAAUGAUGUAAUAAAUAAAAUAAAAAAAUGAUUUACUGUUGUUUAGUUAUUGAGAGUAAACCCCGAGACUCGUUUAUCUCCCAAAGACGUGUUACUACAUGACUGGAUACAAAUACACACAAAUAGUAACAAGUAACAAAUACUUUAAGAUUUAAAUUUUAUGAAAUGUCUUCUUUAUUGUAUGUAACUGUUAAAAAAAUGUCUCUAAUUUAUUGUUUAUAGUGUCAGUUCGAUAAAGUGUGGGUUUUUGUAUACAACAUUUUUUUGUCCUAUUGUAAAAGCUCUUAAAAGUCCUUAUUUGGUAGGUAGUUUUAUUAUACCAUAAGAAUACAUUGUGAAAUAUUUUAUUUUACUACAC